AUGGUUAAGAUGGCUCCGGUUAAAGCCUUUCUGUGUCUAGCAUUAGUGGAGGUCUUGGUGGAUGGGGCCUCGGCGGCUGGGGCAGUUGGGGGAGGCUGGGGAGGAUAUGGACCCUAUUGCUUCGGCUUUUUGCGAGGUGGCCUCCUUGGCUGGGCCUAUCCGUUGGGCUACUGGAACACGUUUGGUGCGGGUUUGUACGGUGGCGGGUGCGGUCUGGGUGUGCCCUUUGGUGGUCUCUACUACUGCUAA